AUGUCUUCAAACGACAAGCCGGCCACAAUCACAGGCGGCUGCCUCUGCGAAUCAGUGCGCUACACGGUGACUUUUCCCCCAGACCACGACUUUGAAAACAGCUGCACAACAUGCCAAUGCGAGCAGUGCCGCAAAAACACCGGCUCUCUCAUCUUCCGCUCCCACAAGCUGCCCAAGUCCGCCGUCGAGUUCACGGCAAAGUCGACGCUCAAGCUGUACUCGGCGACGCCGCACUGCGAGCGCGGCUUCUGCAGCGACUGCGGCAGCUUUCUCUUCUGGCAGCGGGACAACCGUGACUACACCUGCCUCACGGUCGGGUGCUUUGAUGAGCCGGUCCUGGCAAAGUACGGGCCUCUGCUGACGACGGCCAAGAGGCAUUUGUUCUGCGGGAGAGAGGUGCCCGGCGUUACGGAUCAUCUGGCGGGCGCUAAAUUUGCAGCUGAUGAUGAAUAA